GCAUCCCGCAAUAAUGUCCAAAAUUCGUCCCACCAGUGAGUCAAAACUUGGUAUUGGCAAUUUCGCAAACACGUGGAAGAGGUUGUGUAUAAAGAAGGUUCGUUGCUUCCCUAAUGGACAUGGACAGCCAUUUUCGCUUGCUUCCCGCAUACCAAGUAACAAUAACUUGAAGCUAGACUUCGAUUUUUAGACGUAAUGAUUCUCUCGGCACUGUUAACUUCUGUUGGGAUCAAUUUGGGGCUCUGUUUUUUCUUUUUCACUCUCUAUUCUGUACUGCGGAAGCAGCCCGUGAACGUGGUGGUGUAUGCUCCGCGACUGCUUCAUAAGGAGAAAGAGAAAUCCGAGCCAAGAGAGGAUGAAUUUGUCUUGGAGAGGCUGUUGCCUUCUACCGGGUGGGUAAGACAAGCGUGGGAUGUCUCUGAGGAGGAGCUCUUGUCGAACCUGGGCCUGGAUGCUGUUGUCUUCAUGCGCAUUUUCAUUUUCAGUUUGAAGGCUUUUGCAUUUGCUGGUGUUGUUGGAAUGUUUAUCCUUCUCCCAGUUAAUUACGUGGGGAGUCAACUGGAAAUUGAUUUUGCUGAUCUUCCAAACAAGUCCUUAGACUCAUUUGGUAUUUCAAAUGUCAACAAUGGAUCAAACAGGUUAUGGAUUCACUUUUGUGCUGUCUAUGUUUUCACCGGAGUUGUCUGCUACCUUCUUUAUUAUGAGUAUAGCUAUAUCUCAUCAAAGAGAAUCACUUUUUUCUAUUCUUCAAAACCUCAGCCACAUCAGUUUACAAUAUUAGUCCAUGGUGUCCCUGUCUCAGCUGGGAACAGUGUCAGUGAGGCAGUUGAGAGCUUUUUCACUGAAAAUCAUCCGUCUACGUAUCUUUCACAUGUGGUGGUUCGCCGAACGAACAGGCUUCAAGGUCUCAUUAAUGAUGUAGAGAAGAUGUACAGAAGAGUUGUCCACCUGAAAUCAGAGACUCAGUCUUCGCAAAGGGUUAAACGUGAAGGAUUUUUGGGACUAUUUGGACGCAAAGUUAAUCUUUUGGAGCACUGUGAAAAGAAGUUGGAAGAAUUGGAAGAUACUGUGAGAUUGGAGCAAUCUUCAUUUGCAGGAGAGGAAGUUCCUGCAGCUUUUGUGUCAUUUAAGUCACGGUUGGGUGCUGCAGUGGCUGUACACAUUCGGCAAGGACUCAAUCCCACAGAGUGGAUCACUGAAUCAGCUCCCGAGCCUGAAGAAGUUCACUGGCCUUUCUUUUCUGCAUCAUUUAUGAAAAGAUGGAUCUACAAGCUGAUAGCUGUGAUUGCAGUUAUUGCUCUUACAAUCCUUUUCCUUAUUCCGGUUGUAAUAGUGCAAGGGCUUGCUAAUCUGAAUCAGCUGGAGACCUGGUUCCCUUUUCUGAAAGGCAUACUAAGUCUAACAGUUGUUAGCCAAGUGAUUACAGGAUAUCUCCCUAGUCUCAUUCUUCACCUAUUCUUGUCUUUAGUGCCACCUGUUAUGAUAAUGUUCUCCUCCAUGCAAGGAUACAUUUCUCUUAGUCAGAUAGAGAAAAGUGCUUGUACCAUGGUGUUAUGGUUUACUGUAUGGAAUAUAUUCUUCGCAAAUACAUUAUCAGGAACAGCUUUCUAUCAACUCAAUGUUUUCCUUGAGCCUAAAAAUAUUCCAAAGGUGCUAGCUGAAGCGGUCCCAGCACAGGCAUCAUUCUUCAUUUCAUAUGUUGUCACUUCCGGGUGGACAAGUCUAUCGUCAGAAGUCUGCAGAUUGUUUCCUCUUAUUUGGAGUUAUGUUGGAAGACUAUUUGCAGGAAAAGAUGAUGACGACUUUGAUGUUCCAUCAAUUCCUUAUCAUAGUCAGAUUCCUAAGAUUCUGUUCUUUGGACUUCUUGGUAUAACAUUCUUCUUCCUUGAUCCACUAAUUCUGCCCUUUAUUGUGGUUUACUAUGCUUUGGGAUACAUCAUCUAUCGCAACCAGCUAUUGAAUGUAUACGCCCACAAGUACGAAACUGGUGGGAAAUUUUGGCCGAUAGUGCACAAUUCAACAAUAUUUUCCUUGAUAUUGAUGCAUAUUAUUGCGAUUGGGACAUUUGGGCUUAAGAAGCUUCCACUUGCUGCCAGUUUAACUGUUCCUCUUCCAGUUCUCACUCUUCUUUUCAAUGAGUAUUGCCGAAAGCGAUUCCUACCCAUAUUUGAAGCUUAUUCAGCCGAGAGUAUAGUCAAGAAAGAUAAAGAAGAUCAGAAUGAUCCCAGUAUUUCUGAGUUUUAUGAUAAAUUAGUCACUGCAUAUGAAGACCCAGCUUUGUUGGAACUUCGAAGGUCCAGAAGAAGAGAUGGGCACACCUCUCCUCUUCUUCAUGACGCUUGAAGUUUGAAAAUGAUUGGUAACCAUUUUAAUACCGGCUUCAGAUGCCUUUGUCUCAUUUUACUACUGCUUUGAAUUUGUGUGAAUGCACAGUGAGAGCUGUGAUUUGAGUGCUGGAAAAAAAAAUGGAUGUCUGUCUUAGACUCUACAGAUUAUGUACUUUCGUUCCUUUGGCUAUUUUAGAGUGUUUGGAAAGAGCGGGGAGAGUGGAUCUUUUCUUUUUCUUUUUUUCCUUUGGGUGAAAGUGGGUCUUUGAGUGAGUACAAUUAUCUGUUUGUUUGAUUUUAGGAUAAGCAAAAUGUUUUUUGCUUUUGUAAAGUGGAAAUUAUAAUGUGAUGUAAUUUUUUUUUUCCUUUGAUGCAAUCACCGUAAUGGCUUACAGAUGAUGUACUUGAGUGGCACCCCCUUGUGGCCCUUAUUUAUGAUUCUUUCUUUGUUUUUGCUGUUCAAGAAAUAAAAACUUUCUUUUAACC